AUGAUUUGUGCAGUAGCAACUGGCCCUAAUGCCACUCCAGUCUCCCUUGAGUGGGGAAACCAACUCCUCAGCACUGCGGAAGAAAGUAAUACGAGUGGUGGGCACGCGGAAGGGGCUCAUCCGCUUUUGGAAACGCGGUGGAAGUCUGGGUCGGCGUCGAUCCUGAGUGAAGAGGCUCCGGGAGCGACGACGGAUAGCAGCAGGAAGUCUGCAGAGGCAACAGAAGACGGCUAUGGAUCAGACGCGACAGAGAUUGUGCCACACUGGUGGAGGGAAACUUGCACGAAAGAGCCUUACAACCAAGGGGAAGCAUUGUGUUAUGUGGGUGCGACGGCGGUACUUCGUGUUGAGCUCGCAGGGAGUCCCUGUGAGGCCCUCUUGGACACUGGGGCUUGA